AUGCUGAGUUCGUUUCUAACCAGAAGUGGUGUGCAUUGCUCUUCUUCUUCAUAUCGAACUCCAGCUCUCUCUCUGUUUCAAUCUCUUUCUCUAAUUCUCAGACAUGGCCAUCUUUCCAGCUGCGCUUCAUCCUUCUUCUCAUCGCACGGGUUUAGCUCAAAGGGAUUUCUAGGUUUCGAAAAAAAAGGUUGGGAGGAAGAUCUAAGGAAAAAGAACUGGAGUAAUCAAUAUGAGAACCCCCAGUCUGCUCAUCAAUCUGCAUUCCUCAACCUCACUCUUCCUGGCCAACAUCCCAACCCAGAAGUUGUUGUUCAAGAAGUUCAUAGGCAGAGCUUAGCAGAUUGUGCAAUUGGGUUUGGCCAAUAUGCUCUUGGAGGCAAAGGUGGGGAGUAUUAUAUUGUCACAGACUCUUCUAAUGAUGAUGCUGUGAAUCCAAGGCCAGGCACUCUGAGAUAUGCUGUGAUACAGACUGAGCCUCUCUGGAUUGUGUUCCCUGGCAACAUGCUCAUCAAGCUCUCCCAAGAGCUCAUCUUCAACAGCUGCAAGACCCUUGAUUGCCGUGGAGCCAAUGUCCACAUUGUGGGUUGUGGCUGCAUCACAUGGCAGUUCAUAAGCAAUGUCAUCAUCCACAAUGUGCAUAUCCACCACUGUUAUCCGUCAGUUGACAAACUCAGGAGCUUCUUAAGGCAACUUCCUCUUUUUCAAAUGCUUUUCUGGUUGGUGGUGCAGAAGACUUCUUUAUCAUUGAACUUGCAGAUCAGGUGGAACCAGCACAUAAAACUUCUCCAGGGGCCUGAGUCAUUGGGUAUUAUUGUUGGAAUUGUUUUCUUGGUCCUGAGAAUCUUAUUCCAGUUUUUCAACUUCACUGCAGAUUCAAAUUUUAAGGGCGUUGGUAAAAAACUGUUCCCACCAAUUGAGGGGUAG